GUAAAGAGGAACGCCGUUUCGAUGUGUUUGACUUUAUUAUUUAUUUUUGUAUAUAUACACAUUUUCUUUCUUCUGUAAUUUUGCCCUGUCUUAUCGAAACAGAGAUUUCCAACAAACAAAAAAAAAACCUGAACGAAUGCGAUAGAAUGGAAGAUUGCGACAAGCCUUCCGAAGCAUCUGCACUGUCUAUCUGCUUUUUUAUCCAUAUUGCUUGUCCAACUAGGACCUAGCACCUGACGGUUUUGCAAGAGCUUGAUCAGACCAGGAGAUCCAUGUCCGUCGAUGCGUCCCCCUCCCCAGAAACCUUCACCCGGUACAAAAAUGACUAACCUUCGGACCGGGACAGAUAAUAGAACUCCCUCUCUGUGAUGAACGGGACGGUGCCGGAAGAAGCAGUGGCGAGGAAAACUCGUAGAGUAAUAACUCGGGUUUGUUUAAGACUGGUGUCCGGCUAAAGUCAGUAACGUUUUUUUGUGUUUAUUGUACUUUUGCAAGUUACAUCAGGACGUAAACACAAUUCGGCGAAGUGAAAAUGGAGGUAGAAAGAGAAAUAAAGAAGAUGACCCUGGGCCAUGAGAUCGGUGCUGGAGCCGCCUGCCUGAAAUGCAAGGACAAAUGUGAGGGGUUUGAGCUGCACUUCUGGAGAAAGAUCUGCCGGAACUGUAAGUGUGGCCUGGCCGAGCACGAUGUGCAGAUGCACUCUGAGGACGACAGGAAGGUGGGGAAGCUGUUCGAGGACACCAAGUACACGGGCCUCAUGGCCAAGCUGAAGACCGAUGGCGUCCCCACAUACCAGAGCAGCCAGGUCACCUUGUCCGUCUCAGCCAGCCCUGCGGUAGCCACCGCUGUACCAUACAGUCCUCCAUAUGGCGGCCCCGUGGCCACCGGAACCAGCACUGGCCCGGGAUUUGGGUCCGGGGCCGGCCUGGCGGCAGGAGCUGGGGCCAGGUCUGUUGCUGGCGGUGGAGGCGGGGCCGGGGCUGGCGCAGGUGCUGGCGGCGGAGGUGGCGCUAGUGCUGGGCCAGCUACCACGACCAAACCUGUGGCGGUCAGUGUGGUGAAGGAUGCGGCGCCUAUGAAGACCGCCACCUGUGAAUGGGUGCCUCCUGGAGUCAGACAGUACAUGGCGAUGCGUUAUAUUGAGCUCCUGCCCCCCGAGAGGCGUCCCAUCUCUGGAACGCAGGGCGCUGCCUACCGCAGGCAUCAGAUGGCCGUGCAGCUGCCGGAGCAUGACCAGGACCCCGCCAAGUGCCACGACCUGACCCCCGCAGAGGUCAAACAGAUGCAGCAGUAUGUCCGCAAGUACAAGGACGAGGCCCUGGGGGUGGGAGACGUUAAACUGCCUGAGGAGAUGGGACAGGCUCCAGGUCAGCAGGGAGGACCAGGACAGGGAGGACCAGGACAGGGAGACCCAAGGAUGGCAACAGGUCCUGGGUCAAACCAAGGUGGGGGUCGGGGGUCAAAGGUUGGCCCUGCCCUGGCUGGUGAAACUGGGGCUGUGGGAGCUUUUGGAUCUGCAGGUGCUGGUCCCGGUUCUGGGGUUUUGCCGGGACCAAGGGGACCAGAGUCUGGAGGUUACCCUGGGGCAGGACAACCCGGACCAGGAGACAUGGGUACUGCAGCCACCACUGGAGCUCAUCAGGCAGGGCCCUGUGGACACUAUGCAUGCCACCACUGCCAUCUCCCCAUGAGUCAGGGGGAGCCAGCAGUCUUCGCCGAGCGUGCCGGCUACGACAAGCUGUGGCACCCCGCCUGCUUUGUGUGUUGUACUUGCUCUGAGCUCCUGGUGGACAUGAUCUACUUCUGGAAGAAGGGGCAGCUCUACUGUGGACGUCACUACGGAGACAGUGAGAAGCCCCGCUGCGGAGGAUGUGAUGAGCUGAUCUUCAGUAACGAGUACACACAGGCCGAGGACCAGAACUGGCACCUGAAGCACUUCUGCUGCUUUGACUGUGACUGUGUGCUGGCUGGAGAGACCUACGUCAUGGAGAAUAACAAGCCCGUCUGCAAGCCCUGCUACAUGAAGAGCCAUGCUGUGGUGUGUGUGGCCUGCCAGAAGCCUGUGGACCCGGAGGCGCAGCGUGUCUCCUACGAGGCGUUCCACUGGCACGCUGAGCCCCAGUGUUUCCAGUGCUCCGGCUGUGCCAAGUGUUUGGUGGGCGUGCGCUUCAUGGUCGUGCAGGGCAAGCUGUUCUGCUCCGUCGAAUGUAAGAAGAAGAUCAUGACCUAGCCACCAUACUCCACCCCACAGUGGCCCGACCCAGACUACAGACUGUAAUCGUCAUUUCAAGUCUGGUCUGGUGUACAAACUGUAGUGAUACAGUGAAAUCAAUAAUCAGCCUGGAGCACAAGGGUUUCGUGAUGUUUCCUUUUCAAGUUUUAGAUGGAAUGGGGGGAAAUACUGCCUCAAUUCAACCGGUUGUCUUUUAAGACGAUACAUAUCAUUCUAAUUGUCUGCUGUCAGUCCAAAACUUUUAAUGCACUGUCGGUCUUUUCUACUUUGUUAAUUGCAAUCAGUUUAGCUGAUAUCUUCUCACCGCUUUCUUUCUCCUUAGUCACAUUUCCUUGGAUGAUUCUGUUAACUACCAAGUGGCCUUGGUUGGGUUGAUCUCAGGCUGCUCUGUGCUGCCUCUCUUCCCUUUUAGAACCUCUGAAUACUGCCCUUUAAGAAUGAUUAGCCAUAGCAGAGUAAUAUCGAUUGGUGUUUGGGCACAGUUUCUGUUCUGUUCGAAGCAGCCUUGUAGUGUUGUGACCCACAGAUGACUAGCUCACUAAGCCAAUGGACUGGAAUGGACUUACGUUGUUACAAUGUCACAAUGAUGUUGUUUCUACGGCAUCCUCUCCUCUGGUCUUAAAGGUAUUGUAUUCAGUUUCCCUGGCAGUCUUCCGAAUGCCAUUUGCCUUCCAUUUUUCUCCUCAAUGAAAAGCACUUUAUGAUAUUCUUUUUUCUCUUCACCCCCUUCUAAUGUAAUAAAGUUUUGUGCAAUGGAUA